AUGGCGCAAGCUGAGGCAGACAGGGCCUUGAUGAAAUUCAUGACCAUAACCGAUAGAGUAGGUCAGUUCGAGGCCAGAGUCAACACCCCAGCAGUCACAAGUCCGUCAAUCCACACAAGUAGGGUGCGACUCGAGCAGAUCAGGGCCCUAUGGGACAAGGUGGAGAAGGAAUACGAGGCGUGCUCCGAAGCUCUGUCCGGUCUGGGAUCCACAGACACAAUAACAGUCAUGCAGUCCAAGUAUGACUACUGUUAUGCCGUUUACGAGCGGUGCGCAGCGAGCCUCAACGAGAUCAUUGAAGAAGGUUCACGCUCGCAACAGGCCGUUCAGGCCUCCAUUCCGGCGCCUCCUCAGGGAGGGUGUCGCUUACCCCCAGUCGAGUGCGACAGUUUCAGUGGGGACUAUGUUCACUGGCCCACGUUUCGGGAUCUUUUCUCAGCCAUCUACAUAUACAACCCUCGGCUUUCAGAAGUUGAAAAGUUGUUCCAUCUCAAUGCUAAAACUAGUGACCCAAAUUUCUACCGGAGUUCGCAGAUCGACGUUCUGAUCGGUGCCGAUAUCCUGCCAUCGAUCAUUCUCAGCGGCUCCCAUCCCAAUAUCUGUGGCACGCUUCUUGGCCAGAAGACCAUAUUCGGAUGGAUUCUUUGCGGUCCGAUCGCAACAAAUCCCACAAGCAGAAUAUGCUCAUUUUCGUCCCGACUAGCUGUCACCGAGUCCAGACUGGACAACAUUCUCACAAAAUUUUGGGAGGUGGAGGAUGUUCCAGUGAAGCGGGUUAGGGAAUCCACCUCGAUUUGCGAGGAAAACUUUGUCCAAUCUACCAAAAGGAACGAGAAUGGGAGGUCGAUCGCACUGGCUCAGUUCCUCCGAAACGAGAUUCGACUGAAUAAAGACGUUGCGUCAAAAAAGCAGUACGACUCAGUCAUUCAAGAGUAUUUAGAUUUAGGUCAUAUGCACCAAGUCUCUCCGGACGACUCUAAUAAUUUUUAUUUGCCCCAUCAUGCUGUCUUCAAACCAGACAGCACCACAACGAAGGUUCGCGUUGUGUUUAAUGCUUCCAAUCCUUCAUCAAACGGGAACAGCCUCAAUGAUAUCCUUCAUGCGGGGCCCGUACUGCAGUCCGAUCUUACUAUCCAGAUUCUAAAAUGGCGUUUCUUCAAGUAUGUGUUCAAUGCGGACAUCACAAAAAUGUACAGGCAAAUUCGGGUAAAUUCAACCCAUAAGCGCUUUCAGAGAAUCCUCUUUCGCAAUAAGGAUGGAGAGCUCUGUGACUAUGAACUCGAUACAGUCACCUUCGGCGUAAACUGUGCGCCUUUCCUAGCCAUCCGCGUACUACAACAGUUGGCUCAGGAUAUCCGAGGCCAAUAUCCUUUGGCAAGUGACAACAUCUCGAACUUCAUGUACGUUGACGAUGUGCUCGCAGGCACUCACAAUAAGCAGUCGGCAGUUUUAGCCAUCGAGGAGCUUCGGCUGGCUCUUGAGAGUGCUGGUUUUCCAUUACGGAAGUGGACCUCGAACGAAAGAAAACUCCUACAAGAGGUUCCAAAGGAGCACUUGAUAAGUGCAGACUUUCUGGAGCUUGAAGAGGCUAGUACGGCGAAAACUCUUGGGAUCCGUUGGCAAGCUACAUCCGAUAGUUUCUUUUUUAUUCCAAUGGUGAUCCACCUCCAAACUGCUUACACAAAACGAGAGGUUUUAUCUCAGAUAGCCAAACUGUUCGACCCAGCAGGAUGGCUAUCACCUUUCGUAGUCCGAGCCAAGAUUUUUAUGCAGAAAAUUUGGCUACGCGAGCUGGGCUGGGAUCAGCCACUCCCCAGGGAUCUCGCGACCCAGUGGCGGGAGUUCCUAGAAGGGUAUCCUGCCCUGAAGGAGAUUCGUAUUCCGAGAUGGGUACGUUUCCAUCCAGCUGCGAAACUUCAGUACCAUGCGUUUUGCGACGCGUCACAGGACGCCUAUGGGGCUGCUAUUUUCGUCCGAAUCGAAACGAAGGAAGGCUGUUGUACCCAUCUACUUACAUCCAAAACCCGAGUCGCUCCUGUCAGAUCCAUCUCCAUACCACGCUUGGAAUUGUGCGGAGCAGUGCUGCUCACGGAGCUGGCAGCUCUAGUAAUUUCUGAAAUGCCUCCUCAUGUUUAUGAGACCUUUUACUGGACCGAAUCCACGAUCGUUCUUGCAUGGCUGAGUAAGCCAGCGUGCACCUGGACAACAUUCGUUGCCAACAGGGUCGCAAAAAUCGAACAGUGUACCGACGGAAGCAAGUGGGGACAUGUACGAUCCGAAGACAAUCCAGCUGAUCUGGCAAGCCGGGGCGUCUCACCCCAAGAGCUGAAGGACAGCGCACUGUGGUGGCGUGGGCCAGCUUGGUUGCACCUCAAACAGGAGCAGUGGCCGAGUGAGUUGUUGGUCCAUCCGGAGACUGAGCUUGAGCAGCGCCCCGUCAAAUGUCACACGGUCGCAGUGCCCUCAGCAGUUGAAAUCCUAGAGAGGUUCUCAGCUUUUGACCGAGCUCUGCGUGUUCUUGCCUAUGUGUUUCGUUUUGUGAAAAGUUGCCGGAGGGAAGGUGUAGCCUCAUCGGCAGAACUCACUGCGGCGGAGUUGUCGGAGGUGCAGGAGCGGCUAAUUGUGCUCACUCAGAAGAAUGAGUUUCCCGCCGAAUAUAAGGUUUUGAGCAACCAGCAACCAGCAACCAGUUCCACCCGCAAGCGCAAUUUCGAACCUAAACCCCUUUCUUGA